UGAGCUCGUGGGCCAAUAGGAAAGGGUUAAAGGGACCCCACAUUAUGGGAAUGACAAGAGGAGAGUAGGGGGAGGGGUCGGUGUGGGAAAUAAUUGAGGGACUGGGAGAGAGUUUGUGGGAAUUGGACAGAACUGGGGGCGGGGCAGUAACAGAAAAGACAGAGUCUGGAGGGAAAUGAGGGGGAUUGGUUGGUUAGUUUGUGGGCGGGCUCAGGAGAGAGAUAAGAGAGCGCUAUUGGUCGCUCAUUAGGACACGUGACUCAGCGGGCACGCCUCAUUCUUUCUCUCAGAGCUCCACCCUCGGCGUCCAGUCUCCAUAGCAACCCCCUGACUGUGCGAUUUACUCCUGAGAUUUCACAGCGAACUCAGCACCGACCCCGGGACUCGCCCGCCUGACGGACUGACUGACUCUCUCUAGUACCGACCCCUCCCCCGCACUCACCCCCGACCCCCACAGCCAAUAGCGACCCCCCAGUCUCCUCCAACUCCCCAUGAAGGAGCCUCUGGUGCAGCGACCCCGGGACACACUGAGACACCCCGGGAAUUCGGAGUCGUUGCAGAACGGGAAGGAAAGGGCUCAGUAUUUGUGGGGAGGAGCAAUGACAAAGGUGAGAAGAGCAGAUUUCCAGCCACGAGAGAUUGGCCACGGACUGCAGCUCUUAAGCCACUUGCCCUUUCCCAGAGCUUUGAGAGGAGUCACUUGGAUCUCCCAACAGAACCUGUUCCUUUCUCUGGAUUCUGAUGGACUGAUCCGGCAGCAGCACAUGGAUGGGACAGUGCAGACUUGUGCUCAAGCUUGUGGGCCACUUUGUGGUGUUGUGUUUGCCUGGCACAGUAACAAGUUUGUGGCUUGGGCUCACCAGGAGCUGCUGGUGCUGGAGGCAACACUUACACCCAUUUCUCAAUGUAAGGUGGCCCAGGGGGUCGUGUGCUGUGUGUAUGACCCAGGGAGGGACCAAGUGCUGAGUGGGGGGAUUGGUGGGGUACAAGUGUGGGCCUUUAGUCCGGGCUCUUGGAACCUCACUCGUCAGCAGUUUUUGAAAGAAGGGCUGAAAGACACAGACAAGGUGAACAUUAUUGCCCUGGACUCGACUGCACAGCUGACAUACACGUGUUUCGCUGCAUGUGGGGCUGACGUGUGGGAGUAUGACCUGAGGGACGGAGAGCUCCGGCGAGUGUGGAACAACCUUCACCUCAGACCAAUCACUGGACUCGUAUACUCAGAAGCUCAUCAGACCCUAAUCUCCGCCUCCAGAGACGGCUCCAUCAAAAUCUGGGGCAAAUCAGCAGAACUAAAAGGUGUAUGUGUGGCCCACACAGGUCCAGUCACUGCUCUUUCAUUCGGUUCUUCAGGAUCCUGUUUUUUCUCCAGCUCAGAAGAUAGGUCUUUGCGGACCUGGGAUUUGGAGACUCAGGAGCAGAUUGGGGAGCAGGUCCUGGCAGAGCCGCUUCUUGGCUUGGAGGCCUUCCGAGCUGAUGGAAUGUUUGUCCUCUCCUAUUCCGAAUUCUGCCUCGAUUUGUGGCAGGUACAGAAUCUCUACCACUAUCACACCCUUCUGGGAACAAGUGUCACGGACAUGAAAAUGAGCCUGGGGCACUUUGGAGCAAGAGUUGCCUGUCUGUGCUCUGACUCGGCCAUCAGGCUUUUGGCUGCUGCCACUGGGGAAUUAAUCUCAAGUCUUCCUCUAGAAGAGUGUGGGAGCUGCCCAUUGGCAAUAGAGUUCUGUGCUUACAUUGACAGUGUGUAUGUCCUACUGAAGAAUGGAGACCUCCUGAGGGCCAGCUCCCUGGAGAACCCCAUGAUAAUCAUGAACACCCUAAACGUUGGCAGUUGCCAGGCUCGUCCAUUGUGCCUGAGUCUGUACUGCGCCAUUGCUGGUGAACAGAGGGUACAACCUGAUUGGACACAAAUGGUGAAAGAGAGAAAGUAUGGAAAUACGUCUGCCAGAGACACAAACAGGUUUCUCCCUGUGAUUGGGCUGGAGGACGGCACCAUUUGUGUGUGUGACUGGUGCCCCCGCAGGGUAUUGUGCCACCUGGAAGCCCACAGUCCGGCUAAAGUGACAGCCCUGAUGUCCAGUCCAGAGAACAACUUGGUUCUGUCUGCUGGCUCAGAUUUGAGGAUUAGGACCUGGCAAAUGUUUCCACACAGUGAGGAGAGUCUCAGUCCCUACAUGAGCUUUCUCUGCUCCCACCCCAUUGAGAGAAUGUGCCUGAUUGGCUCUCAGCUUUUUGUUUCCUUCUACAACCAAUCCAGUGGCAGCUCCAGUCUGGUGCAGUACUGCCUGCAGAGCUCCACCCGGAGGGAUCACUCGCCUUCCAAUGACCAUCAGGACCAGAUCACAGGUCUGUGUUCCUGCCCCACUCUGGGGCUCGUGAUUUCCUCGGGAAAGGACAAAACAAUUCGGAUAUGGAAUGAGCACAACCAGCUGCUGAGGAUCCUUUCCCUGGAUUGUGCCCCUGAGAGCCUGACAUUGAUCAGCCAACGAGCUGAACUCUUAUUGGGCAUCAGAGGCCGCGUGUGUCACAUGAACGUCACCAGCCUCCUGCCACUCACUCACCAACUGAAGAUACCGACGACUGAACCCCCUUCACAGGAGGAUGGAGCCCCAGUUCCAGUUCAGGGAUCAGUGUUGCAGUCGCUCUCUGAGGAUGUCAGGAAGCCCCUCUCUAGUGCUCACACUUUGCCUUUAAGGAAUGAAGUUUCUUCAUGUACAUUAAAGAAGGAUCACACAGAGGAGGACAGGAUCAGGGAACAAAAUGAGGAGCAAGCAUUUCUCUUAGCUAGAGAUCAGGAGCUGCUCCUUCUAAUGAAAGGGAAAGUAAAACCAAGCAAGAAAAUCAGAUCAAGCCGGGAGACCAAGGCCGAGGCCAUGAAGCGAUAUCUACUGCAACUCUACAAGGAGAAGCCCAGCAUCCAGAUUCCUGAGAUGGAUCCCAGUGAUGGGGAAGAUUCACUCACGGCUCCCGACCCCCAGACUCACAGACCCCCUUAUGUUGCUGUGGGAGGCAGUGGGGCAUUUGGGCAGAACCCUGUUAUACCCCUCUCCAAAGGACUGAAGAAUGUCCCCAACUCGGCGGUUCUGCAGUUUUUUCCACAAUCAAAACAAGAUGAAGAAGAAGAAGCUCAAGAAACUGAAUGGGGAGGACUAGUGACACAGAGAGAGACAAAGCUCCCAGUGCCUGAACAUGGGAAGGAGGUGAGGAAAGAGUAUGAGCAGGAGACGACUGAAGAAAUGAAAGAUUUAGAGGAGGAAGAGAGACUCCAACUGAGAAUCUCACAGGUUGAUAACUUGGAGCUCCGUGAGACUGAGAAAGAAACCCCUCAUCUUCCCCUGCCCCCCCUCCCAGCAGUGACCCGAAGGAAGACUCUGAGAGCCCAGAGGCGAUUUUCUUCUCAGAUACCACAGAUGCGACCAAAGUCACCUUCAUCAGAGUUACAGAAGGGAACAUUGAGUCCUAUGGAAGCUGCCAUUCCUAUGUCACCUGAAAUCUUAGACCGUCCUCUACCAACAUUUUCUUCUGAGCCUGUACAGUUAGAAAGGCCCCAAAGCCCUUCACCAGAGGAACCUCCACAAAGAGAAUCCUCUGAAGAGCAAUGUGUGGUGGCCCAACCAAUACCGCCCUUCAUACUGCAGUUCAUACAGGAGUCCUGGUUCACUGAUAUUUUCCCUGAAGCAAAGGAAGAGCUGCACUGUGUAUGUGAGGCUGAGUUUAUAUCCCGACUACUACAGGGACUCUUACAGCUCGGCCAUCCCAUGCGCUCUGACAUCCUGCAAACUUUGAAUAUUUGGCUUCCUAAAGGACAACUUAAAAACCUGAAAAAGAUUCACCAUUGCCUGAUCCAAGCAUUGAAUCCUUCUCCUGGGCUGGAUUUAGAGGUCCCUGAGGAUCGAGAGUUUCUCUUCGCUUGUCUCCGCAGUCUCAUUGAGUUGAAGUGCACAAGUGCUGAGCUGCUUGUGGAAUUAAUAGUGAACUUUGUGCUGCUGCCUCAUUCCUAUCGGGGGCAAAUGAUGGCUUUGUUUAAGAAGAUUGGUGUGCAUGACUCCCAUGGGUAUUUGGACAAGGAGUUCAGUUCUUGGGACAGUUGGGAAGCAAAUAAGAAGAGAAGGGAAGACGUGAGGGAGAUAUGUGAGCAAUGGCUUCACCAGUGGACCCAACACUUGAAGGAAUUCUUGAUGGCAGUGGUUUCAUCAUCAGAACCUGAGACCCAGGCAAAGUAUCAGAAGGGCAGACGUAGGAGACAUCCGGAUAUUGGCAAAAUGGCCAAAAUGAAGGCGCAGAGGACAGAUCCCAUCAUUACUGUGACAUUUAUUGAGGUUCUAAAUUAUUUCUGUGAAGUUCAAAUGGAGAAAAAACUCCAAGUGAUGAAACAAGAACCAGCACCAAAUAGGAGCACAGUCCUAGCACUGCCGCCAAUAAAAAGUAAGAGAGCAUUGCUGAGACUGGGAGAAAGCAGCAAGUCAGUGAGACCCAGAGAAGACAAUCACCUUCCUCCAGUUUGUCAGCCGCUGCUUCCAGAGAUCAUUCCAUUCAUUAAUCUACCUCUGGCAAAGGUCACCCUAAACCCAAUUCCGUUCAUGUUGGAUGCACCCACCCCUCUGCCUCUGACUGGGUCCCUCAAACAAGACACUCGCAGAUACUUCAUGUUGCAGCAAUCCUUUGCUUCCAGCUACUGCUAAUCCCAACAGUAUGUGCUGCUGCUAGACCAUCACUUCCAUCUCUGCUCCAUAUGAUCCAUGAAAGAUGAUGCUAUUAAAGCUGUGCAUUUGUUGUG